CGACAUCAUCAACAUCUCCUCGCUGGCAGGUGAGCUGCAGGGGCUCAACCUGGGCAGCCUCCUGCCUCCCAAAGCAGAUCCGGCUGCUGGAGGCCACAUUCCUAUCCAACGAGGUGACCAGCAUGAAGGAGCUGAUGACCCGAGCCCUGGACCUGGAGUCACAGCGCUGGGCCUGGGAUGUGGCCCCCCAGAGGCUGAACGGCCACUGCCACAGCGAGCUGGCCAUCGACAUCAUCCAGAUCAUCUCCCAGGGCGAGGCCAAGGCCAAGAGCAUCACGCUGGACCUGGGCAAGCAGAUCAAGAGCAUGCUGCUGGCGGAGCUGGCUGCGUUUCUGAGGAG